UUACAUAGAAAAAAUCAUUUCCAUUUACCAUGAUGAUGGUCCUCUUUUGAGCGCACCUGGACGAAGUAGCCUACUCGCAAAGACAAAGAACAAAAAAAAAGGGGUUAGACGACGUAGUUGCAGAGACUCCAAGACAGACACGGCGGUGGAGAAACGAAGAAGCGAAGAAUCGCCUUUCAAUUCAAUUCAUAUAUAAAAGAACAAAAAAUUAGAGAGAGGGGGGAGAGAGAGGGACAAUUGUGGAAUCGAGCGAGUGAUUGAUUGAUUGAUGCUGUAAUAUAAUUGCGCGCGAGGACGGUUGGGGAUGUGAACGGAACGACGUCGUCGAUGGCGGAGGCGCAGUGCGUGGGGGCGAAGACAUCGGUGUGGUGGGACAUAGAGAACUGCUCGGUGCCGAAGGGGUGCGACCCUAACGCGAUCGCGCAUAACAUAAGCUCGGCGCUCGUGAAGAUGAACUACUGCGGGCCCCUCUCCAUCUCCGCCUACGGCGACACCCACGGCAUCCCCGCCUCCAUCCAGCACGCGCUCUCCAGCACCGGCAUCGCCCUCUACCACGUCCCCGCCGGUGUGAAAGAUGCGAGUGACAAGAAGAUUUUAGUCGACAUGCUGUUAUGGGCAGUAGACAACCCUGCUCCCGCGAACUUUAUGCUGAUUUCUGGUGACAGGGAUUUCUCUAAUGCACUCCAUCAGCUGCGCAUGAGAAGGUAUAAUAUUCUUCUAGCACAGCCGCAGAAAGCGUCUGUACCUCUUAUUGCUGCAGCAAAGACACUAUGGCUUUGGACGAGCCUCUCUGCUGGAGGACCCCCGCUUUCGAGUGGUGAGUCAUCACAGUUUGCUAAUGGUUACCUUACCUCUAAUCAUAAAACGUCACAAUACCCAGUUUCUAAACCCAUUCAGUUAAGCCAACCCAUGACGGCCGGCAAUUCUGAAAACAUUUCUCUUGGAAAUCAAAGACCUCCUAGUUCUGGUAGAGUUGGUGGUGAUAACAAAUGCAAAGGGGAACAUACUCAAAAAUCCACAAAUGAGCCGAGCAUAUCAAGAGCCUCAAGCGCAAUGCCGUUGUAUGGCGGUGACUCACCUCCACCACCUCCUCUGCCUCCUCAGAUGCCUGUCCAGACUCAGUUUUUUGCCACUUUUACCCAAUUCAUGACAACUAUGAUGGACGCCAUGCCUGGACAAGGCGAACAUCAUAACACAGUUGGUUGUUCAUUGGCCAACUUCAUGCAUAACUCACCUAUGUUUGAUGAAAGUGAAGGGCCCUUGGCAGCUGACAAUUGGAUAUCCACCUUCGAGGACCGUGCUGAUGCAUUUAGGUGCACCGAUGAUCAAAAGGUCGAUUAUGCGGGGCUGAAGUUAAAUGGCGAAGCUCAAGACUGGUGGAAGGCCAGAAAAACACUCCUUACUGAAGUGUUGGGACGUGGAGUUCCCAUUUCAUGGGAGCGUUUCAAGAAAGAAUUCAAUGACCGUUUCUUUCCUCGUGCACAGAGGCAACAAUGUGCACAAGAUUUCCAAGAUCUGAAGCAGGGGAAUAUGACAGUUGAGCAAUACUCAGCUGAAUUUCAGAAGUUAUCGAGGUAUGCCCCACACCUCAUCCCCGAUGAAAAUACUAAGGCCAAAAGGUUCCGCGACGGUUUGUCGCCACGAAUCCGUGAGAGGAUUAUUUUCUUCAAAAUCACUGACUAUGUCGAGAUGGUGCGGCAUGUCACCAUGAUUGAGAAAGCGAUCCAUGAAGUGGCCGCUGACUAUGUUAAUAGGAAGCGGUCACUUUCAUUGGGGACUCCUUCUCCUCCCCCACCAUCAAAGAAACAGUCUUUUAGCAGCGAUUCUGGAACUCUUGGGAGACAAGGUGCUCAUGUGAGUCAGAACAACUUUAGUGUCACUAAGUGUAGUAAGUGUGGGAAAAAGCACCCAGGGCUAUGCAGAUUGGGUGAGGGUGUAUGUUUUGGGUGUGGAAAGCCAGGCCACUAUGUCAGAAAUUGUCCUACGGCGGCUGUAAGGAGCCAAGAGACUCAAGCAAGCAAUAAUAAGCCUAGACCAACUACUAAGGCAAGGGUGUACAUGCUUACAUCGGAAAAUGUCAAAGCUGAUGAGAAUGCUGCCAAUGCUGCCACAGAUGAUGUUCCUUUGGCUGCAGGUAUCGCAGACAUCGACGACGACGACCUUGUAGCAAAAUACUUGGAAUACUACGACUGAGGCAUUUCGCUGGGGUCGUAAAUGAGUCGGACUCGAAAGGUCCCUUUUUGUAUUUUUUUGUAUAUAGCUCAUGUCUCAUGUGACACAUGUAUUUGAUGAGCCAUCCUUUUGCUAUGUAAUUAAUAACUCAUGUUGAAGCCUUAAACAGAUAAACGUUGUUAUGGCUCUUUUGUGUAAUUAACAGAUGUGUUUUUCGCUAACUAGACUACGUUUGUCUA